AUGAUCACUCCGGACCCGGGCAACCACCUCCCGCUAACCUCCGAGAAGGCGACGGUGGGCGUGCUCGGUGGCGGAGCCUGGGGCACCGCGCUGGCGAUCCACGCGGCCCGCGCUGGCCACGCUGUGCUCCAAUGGGCCAGGGAUGGAGCGACGGUCGAGGCGAUGAACAAGGACCGCGAAAACCCGGUCUAUUUGCCGGGCAUUCGUCUUCCGCCCAACCUGAAGGCGACGACGGACAUGAGGGCCGUGUUUGACUUCUGCGAGAUGAUCCUCAUGGUCAUUCCGUGCCAGUACGCAGGCGAAGCGCUGCAGCAGGCCGCCGAGUGGAUCCGUCCGGGCCACAUCAUUGUCUCGUGCUCCAAGGGCAUCGUGAACACGACGCUCGAGACCCUCGACGAGGUCUUCGAGCGCAUCCUCCCGCCGCACACGCAGCUCGCGUACCUCUCCGGCCCCUCGUUCGCCAAGGAGGUCGCGCUCGACAAGCCCACGUGCGUCACCAUCGCAUCCAAGUCGCCCGAGACCGCCGCGCGCGUCCAGCUCCUGCUCUCCACGCCUAUCUUCCGGUGCUACCGCACCACGGACGUCGCGGGCGUCGAGAUGGGCGGCGCGAUGAAGAACGUCCUCGCGAUCGCGUGCGGUAUCUCCGACGGCCUGGAGUACGGCGCAAACGCGCGCGCGGCUCUUAUUACGCGCGGGCUGCUGGAGAUCGCGCGCAUGGCCGCGGCGCGCGGCGCGAACCCGCUGACGAUGUCGGGGCUGGCGGGCAUGGGCGACCUCGUGCUGACGUGCACGGGGGACCUCUCGCGGAACCGCACGCUGGGCAUGAGGAUCGGGAAGGGCGAGAAGCUGAGGGAUAUUCUGGCGAGCACGAAGUCGGUCGUGGAGGGCGUGGUGACGAGCGCGAGCGCGCACAAGCUCGCGGAGAAGCUCGGGCUCGACUGCCCCGUCGUGCGCGGCAUCUACAAGGUCCUCCACGAAGACAAGGACCCGCGCCAGAUGGUUCUGGAGACGAUGAGCCGCGCGCUGAAGCCGGAGAUCGAGGACGACAUCACGAUGGCCGCGGCCGUCAGCGUCGGCGGGUCCGGGCACGAGUGA